AUGGCCGCGGCCGAGGUGGACUUGGGGUACUUGUCGGCCAACGCCGGCAUCCCAGAGCUCGACCUCAACACAGUCGUCACCGCGCCGACCCCAGAGCUUGUCACCUCCAUCCUCCAAGCUGUCCUCACCAAGCUACGCGACUUGGAGCAAGAAAAAUUCCAGCUCGAGAUUGAACUGGAAGGCGCUAUCCGGGGUUCGGAAUCGCGCUGCGAGCAAUUCAAGGCGACCUCCGAGAAGGCGCUGAAGGAGGUGGAAGAGCUUCGACAGAAGCUGCAGAGUGAAGAAUCUUCGAGACGAUCAAUCGAAAAUGAGCUCCAGGCCCUGAAAUCAUCCGGAUCAGCAUCGCAGUCCGAAAUUGACACAUUGCGCGCUCGUAUUGCCUCCCUCGAGACAUCGAACCGCGAGACACUGGCCAUCGUCGACUCCAAGACAACCGCCAAUGCCACCCUUGCUGAAGAGCUCCAGAAGCAGCAUCAGAAGAUUCUGAAGCUUAACUCGGAGAUCUCUUCGCUAAACCAGUCUGUCCAAUCGGCUCAGACAGCCGCGAACUCGGCCAAAUACCGGGAAGAGGCACUCAAACAGGAGCUUGAACUUGCUAAGAAGAACAACGAGUGGUAUGAUGCCGAACUCAAGACAAAGGCCGCCGAGAGCCUCAAGUUCCGAAAGGAGAAGGGCGCUCGUAUUGCCGAGCUCCAACGAAUGAACGAGGAUGCGAACUCGACCAUCGAAUCGCUCACUCGGUCUGAACAACAGCUGCGGAAGAGGUUGGAUGAAGCUCAGUCAAAGGCGGAGGAGGCUUUGAGCAAGGUCCAGCAGCUUCAAGAGUCCAAUUCCCGUGCCGAAGAGAGCUUCAGGCAGGAGCUUGAGUCCCAGAAGCGUCUCGUCGACCUCAAGGAUCAACAAUCAGAGACUCACCGCGAAAGGCUAAAGGAGGUAACGGAUCGUCUGGAGCAGGUCAAGGAUGACCAUGCCGAGGAGAUGCGCCGUGUGCGCCGGGAACUUGAGCAGGCGAAACAAGAUCUCACCCAAGCAGAGCAGCAAACACAGAACCUGCAGGCCGAGAUCGAUCGUUUGCGCGUGUCCGUCGUCGAAUCCGAACAGUCUCAUGGCGAAGCGCCGCAAACUCCAAGGGCCAAUGGUUCUUUUAUGGUUCGUCCUGGAUCUCCAUUCGGCACGCCACUCUCGGUUCGCGGCAAGCGUGCUACGGAUACUCUGGAGGAACUUCUCAAGGUCAAGGCUCAACUCACGACUGAACAGCGCAAGAACCAAAAGCUUCAGCAGGAUCUCGACGACGUGCUUGGUAUGCUGGAGGCCAAGGCGCCAGAGUUGGAGGAGACCUUGGCUCAAAAUGAGGAGCUCAAGGCCGAUUUGGACAAGUACACCGAACUGUCGCAACAAGCAUGGGAAACAGCCGAGGCGGCCAAGAAGGCCCAGCGUAAAGCUGAGGUUACUGUCGCAUCCAUCCAAGCAGAGAACAAGAUCUUCCGUGCUCAGGUCCGUGACCUCGGGACCCAGGUUCACGUCCUUGUCUUCAACGCCCAUGCCCAGGAGAAGGGCAUGGAUAUGUUGACUCCGGACGAACAAGAACAGUUUGAACGGAUGCAGCGUGGAGAGAUCAGCGAGAACGCACUUGAGGAUAUGUCCGACACUCACCGCUUUAUCACAGAAAGGUUUGUGGUCUUCAAGAACAUUGCUGAGCUCCAGCAAAAGAACGAGGAGCUUCUCAGAAUUACUCGCGAGCUCGCCAAUAAGAUGGAGGAUGAGGAAGCAAACACCAAGGCACGGGAAGAGGCCUUGGAGCUGGAGAACCCGCAGGAACUGCACAAUACCAUUCGCCAACUUCAAGAAGAGAUCCAGACUCUUUUGGUCAAGUCCAGGAGCUACGUUCAAGAACGUGACAUGUUCCGUCGGAUGCUGCAGCAAAAGGCCGACUCUGCUGAAAUCAGACAAGCCCUUGGUAUCGCCGGGGACGGUGGGCGUGAGGUGCUUGCUAGCAUCGAACAACCUGCUCAAACCGACGACAAUCUUGUGCAGGCCUUUAGGGAUCUGCAAGCUCAGUACGACGCAUACCGGGCCGACCAGUCUGCUGACAGAAACGCCCUCAAAGAUCAGAUCCAGAAGCUCUCCUCCGAGAAGGCCUCUCUUCAGAGCGAGAUUUCACGCGUCUCCAGCCAGCUUACUCUUGCUGCCGAACGCUAUAGCAUUCUUGAGUCUAACUUCAAGGCCCUUCAAACCGAGAAGCAGGAGAUCCAGAAGAGGAAUCAGUCUUUGUCGGAGUCUGCUGCCAAGCAAGACUUGCGGACGCAGCAGGUGGCUGAGGAUCUCGUUGAGGCUCGCGGGCUUGUCGAAAGCUUGCGGAGCGAGAACGCCAAUCUGAAGGCUGAAAAGACAUUGUGGAAGACAAUUCAGGAAAGGCUUAGCGGCGACAACGAAAGCCUUGCGCAGGAGAAGACCAGACUUAACAAUCUUUUGUCAAACCAGCAAUCGCUACUUAAUGAACGGGAACUUAGCGAGUCGGAAACCAAGCGCAGACUUCAGGGUCAAAUCGAUGCCUUGGAUGCCGAACUUACCACAACCAAGCGAAAGCUUUCAGAAGAGAUAGAUGAAGGACGCAGGCUUCAACAGCGGAAGGAAUACGACGCCCAACAAGCCCAGAAGCGCAUCGACGAACUCCUAAGCGCCAUUUCACAAGUCAAGCAGGACAAUGCCCAACUCAAGACAAGUCGCGACCAUCUUCAGGCUCGUGUGAGCGAGCUGGAGAUUGAGGUCAGGAACGCCCAAGAGCGUGCCGAGAGACUUCGUCCUCUGCCGACUCCCCGACCAGGGACGAUACACGACCAGGGCGGUAUCAGUGCCGAGGCUCAGGAGCGCAUUGAUGAGCUGGACAACGAGGUUCAGGAUCUCAAGAACCAGUUGGAUUUGGUCAAUAUGCAGUUGGAGAAUGCCAAGGAGGAGGCCGAGCGAUACAAGACACAUGGCCAAUCCCUUGAGGAUGAGCUGAACACUCUGCUCGAGACUCAACAGGAAUUCACGGCGGAGUGGGAGAAGGACGCGAAUGCUAAGGUGAGCACAAUCACCGAGUUGGAGCAGCGCGUGGAGGCUCUCACGUUGGAGCUCGGUGCUUCGAAUAACGAGCUUAACAAGCUUCGCGAUUCGCAAGCCGAUGUCGCGCGGAAAUCGGAGGAGAAGGAGCGCAUUCUCAACAGUGAGAUUGCCCGGCUCAAGAGCGAGGAGGAGAAAUACAGGGAAAUCGCCAAGUAUCAUCAACAGGAUCUGCGCACUCAACAGGAGAUCACCGUCAAGGCUCAACAAGAGUACGAGUACGAGUUGGUCAAGCACGCUGAGGCCGCCAAGGCCCUGCAAGAUAUUCGGACAAAGUUCAACGAGCUCAAGAUCGAGUCUGGCAAGUGGAAGGCUGAAGCUGAGUCGGCUAAACUGGCCCUGCGCCAGAGCGAACAAUCCUGGGAGGAACGCAAGGUACAGCUUGAGCAGGAGAUCACUGAGAUCAAGGCUAGAAAAGAAGACGCCGCGGCGCAGAACAAGCUUCUACACCAGCAACUCGACAGUGUCACUGCCCAGAUUGCCGCCCUUCAGCAGAACCGCGCGGACAGUGCUGGUGAUGUCUCCGCUGGCGCGAUCGCCGACACCGCUACCGAAGGCCUCAGAGAGCUCAACAACUACCUGCGCCGCGAAAAGGAGAUUCUGGAAGUGCAGUACGACAUUAAGCUGCAGGAGGCCAAACGUUUACAGCAACAGCUGGAUUACUCACAAUCGCAACUCGAUGAGACACGUCUCAAGCUUGAUCAGGAGCGUAGAUCCAACUCGGAUAGCUCACGCAACUCGGCUACGCACAAGGAGAUUAUGGAUAAACUCACUGAGCUCAACAUGAUCCGCGAAAGCAAUGUCACCCUGCGCAACGAGAACCAACGUACCCAGGCUCAGCUUGAACGCAAGACACAAAAGAUUGAGGAGCUGGAGGCCAAGAUCCAGCCUCUUGAGGCUCGCAUCUCGGAGCUUGACUUUGACCGCAACUUCAAGGAGCAAGAGAUCAAGCAGCUCCAGGAAGCCCGGGAUGGCCUGCAGAAGAGAAUUGAGUCUAUUCUCAGCAAGUAUGGCCAGUCUGAUCCCCAGGAGGUUGAGCAGCUCAAGGUCACGAUCAUGGAGCUUGAGACGGAGCGUGACGCUCUCAAGGCUUCGGGGCAGGCUUUGCAGGAGAAGCUCAAGGAGGCCGAGCAAACGUUGGAAACCAAGUCGAACGAGUGGAAGGCCCUCAGAGAGAAGUUUGCAGAGGACUUCAAGGGACGCUAUAAGGCCAUGAAGACGGCGCGCGAUGAGGCUAUUAACGACAAGGCUGUGCUGCAGGAGACGAUUGACGGCCUCAACGCACGCUUGGCGGGCGUCGAGCAGGAGCUUACUACGACGAAACAAGAGUUGGCCAGCGUGACAGAGAAGAAGAAGGAACUUGAGCAAAAGGCUGUGGCUCCAGCACCAGUGGCUGCUGCCCCGGUUUCAGUCUUCUCGCAGCCAACCGAAAACGGCGACAAUUCCGAAGUGGUUGCACAACUCAAUCAGCAGCUCGAGAGCCUCAAGUCAGAACUGGAGGCUGUCAAGGCCGACAAGGCUGCCACCGAUGCUCAAAUUCAACAACUGCAGACGGAGCUCGCGACUGCUGUAUCUGAGCGCGAUCAGGCUAGGGCUGCUGCCUCUGGUGGUGAUGUCACAAUGGAAGACGGCCCUUCUGCGGCCCCUGUUGGCAGCCUCACUGAUGAGGAGCGCAAGGCUUUGGAGGAGAAGAUCGCUGCCGCCGAGGCCAAGGCUGCUGAAUUCGAGCAGAAGGCCAAGGAGUUGGAGGAGCAAUCCGACGCCAUCGUUCGCACCCGGUCCGAAAAGAUGAAGACAGCCCUUAACAAGAAACUGCAGGAGUCCAAGGAGAACCUGGAAAAGCAGGCUCAGGAGGAGAAAGCCAAACUGGAGGCCGAGUACCAAUUGAAGUUGCAGCAGGAGAUUGCUAUUGUCAAGGCUGAACAGGUUACCUCGGCACCGCCCCAAAACGGCGUUCCGUCUACACCGGUCAAGCCGGCUGGUGAGCAACCACCAGCAACACCAGUCGUUGGUACUCCUGGCUUCGACAUUGCGAACAUUAGUGAGAGCCAAGUCCGCAGCUUUAUUGCUAACAAUACUGUUGUGGCCAACAUUGUCAAGUCCAAUGUGAAGAAAUUGGUGGAGAAGGCAAAGGAGGCUACUGAGGCCUCGCUCAAGGCUGAAUAUGAGCAAAAGAUUGCCACCGCCAAGGAACAGGCGUCUGCGCUGACCGAGAAGAAAUCAGCUCUGCGUCUUAACAUGCUCGACAGGCAACACAAGACUGCGCAGGCCAAGAUUCAGAUUGUUGAGACGGCUGCGAAGGAGACACCUCAGCGUCCUGUUGUGGAAGUCUGGGAGAUUGCGAAGGACGCGAAGCCUCCGGCGCCAGCUCCUACGCCUACUCCGGCCCCUGCGGCUCCGGCUGCGGCUGCAUCUGCGACGGCGCAAGCUGCUCCUGCUGCCACCCCAACGGAGGAGAAGCCUAAACCUCCGGCUCCUCAGAUUCCCAAGCCAGCAUCCACAGGCAUCCCAGCACCUGGCUCAGCAAUCCCAGCUCCAUCGACAGGUCCCGCCUUUGCCCAAAAAGCAACUACCACCACCCCAGCGCCGAGCAAUUUGCCUGUGGUCAACCCCUUCGGUCAGCCAGCUCCAGCUGCGCAAGCCCAGCCUGUUCAACCUCAACAGCAACAACAACAACAGAUCCCACAGCCAGCAGUUAGAACUGGUAUCCCAUUGCCCAGAGGUGGCGCUGCCGCUGGCCGCGGAGGAAGGGGAGGUGUUUACCAGGCUCCGGGACGUGGUGGACCAGGUGGUCAUCGCGGAAGGGGUGGGUUUCAGGGUAGGGGAGGCGCAGCGGCUGCUGGCAAUGCUGGCCACUUGAACCCUGCUGCGGGAGAGUUCAACCCGAACCCAUCGGCUGGUAACAAGAGGCCGAGGAAUGAUAGCGAGGUUGGGAGUGGGGAGCGGGGGGGGAAGAGGCCUAGGGGAGGGGGGAAUGUUGGUGGUGGUGCUGGCGCUGGUGGCCAGCAACAAUAG